CAGAUGUCUAUGGUCGUCGUCUUCAAACAGCAAUGGCAUGUAGAUUCAAAACUCCAUCGUAAUCAAACUGAAAUGGAUCCGAAAGAUCUCAUUUUUGUUUUGUGGGUGAGCGGGGAGGUUCAGUUAUAGUUUCUCGUUGUUAUUUGCGGCAUCUCUCCACUUUCAAGGGUUUUAGCUAAUCAGCAGAUUUGCCAGCAGAAAUGCCAUUGACAAGCAUUCGUUCUUUGCUUAUCUUCUCGGCGGUUCUGCGUCUUCUUCUAAUCAUCUUUGGAGAAUGGCAAGACACGCAUAUGGAGGUCCGAUACACGGAUGUCGAUUAUCUUGUCUUCUCUGAUGCUGCAUCUUUCAUGGCCUCAGGCAAAUCUCCAUACACAAGGACAACUUAUCGAUAUUCGCCUAUGAUCGCCUUCCUUCUUAUACCCAAUACACUCAUUCAUCCUACUUGGGGGAAAUUUAUCUUCUCUCUUGCAGAUUUGCUUGUAGGGUGGUUUAUCCAAGUGAUUUUGAGGCUAAGAGGGGUUCCCGAGAGUGUAAGCACGAAUUAUGUGAUGUUGUGGCUCUUUAAUCCAUUUACAUUCACAAUAGGAACCCGAGGGAAUUGUGAGCCAGUUGUUUGCGCAAUGGUUUUAUGGUUUAUCAUCUGUCUCAUGAAGGGUAAACUCUUACAAGCUGCAUUUUGGUAUGGACUUGUUGUUCAUCUUAGAAUCUAUCCUAUAAUCUAUGCACUUCCUAUCAUCCUUGCCCUUGAAUCACUCCACUUCCGUUUGGGCAAAAAGCCUCUCCUCGAGCAAUGGAAUUCUGAGCUAAGUUCAGAUUGCCAAAAUGUCAACCGUGGAUUCCAACUGAGGGGUAUCUUGGGAAAUUUAUUUACGCGAGAAAGACUUAUGUUUGGACUAACCUCCGGUGCUGUUUUCUUCGUAUUCACUGGACUUUUCUACUAUCUCUAUGGUUGGGAGUUCUUGCACGAGGCACUACUCUAUCAUCUCUCUCGAGCAGACCCAAGACAUAACUUCUCAAUAUACUUUUACCACAUCUAUCUACAUUAUGAGAAUAAAUUAUCUGUGAUAGAAAAGCUCAUUUCUUUUCUGCCUCAGUUCUUAGUACAACUGGCUCUCAUCCUCCGCUUUGCGCAGGAUUUACCAUUCUGUUUCUUCAUUCAGACAGUUGCCUUUGUAGCAUUCAAUAAGGUAGUUACAGCACAAUAUUUUGUUUGGUUUUUCUGCUUGUUACCUCUCAUUCUUCCAUGGAGUAAUGUUAAGAUGAAAUGGCGAGGUCUAUUAGCCAUUUUUAUUUGGAUUGGAGCCCAAAUCCAUUGGUUAUUUUGGGGUUACCUUCUCGAGUUCAAAGGCAAGCAAGUCUUUCAACAGUUGUGGGCUGCAAGCUUAAUAUUCUUGGCAGCCAAUACUUUCAUCCUUUUCAUACUAAUGCAGAAUCACAGAUACUCGCCAUUGUUCAAACAGAUUGGAAUUGCAAAUUCCGAUGGAAUAAAAGAAGACUAACAAGAUGGGCCCAGCCUAUGAUCAUUUGGCAUCAGUUGAAGCUACCCACCUCCCUUAAGGGUGACUCGAAUUCUUGUUUAUUUAUUUGUAUAUUAGUGCAAAUCAAGCUUGGUUAACCCGUCAUUUGCAGUUUCCUGUUUUGGUUAACAUUUGAGAAUUUUGGUAUAUUUGUAUGUAUUUUGAUAGCACAUUACUAUUUUUUUCCCUUUUAGCAUAUUAAAUGAUUGAAAUCCACAUAUUUGUUUGGAAUUUGGUUAAGAAUGAUACAACUGAUGAUACCAAAAAUGUUUGAUUUCCUGCACAUUUUGUUUAUACAUUUGCAAGUUCUUCA